AUGCAGCCACAUUCCACGCGUCCUGCUAUUCUCCCUCCGUCUGAUACCCGGUUUGGAGAACCAAAGGCAUCAAAAUUCCCGAUGCACAUGCCGAAAUUUCAACAGAGCCUGUGGAAAUUUGCUGCCUCAGAAAAGCCCUGGUUGUCUCUAUUUUCAGCGAAGCCAACAUCGUUCCUCGGAUCUAAGCCAGAGACUUCGUACCUCGACGGAAGGAAGACCGCAGUCCAGGCUGUUGGUGAACGAAGCUACCGAGACCCCAAGCAAUGA